AUGAGACAGUUCCUCAGACGCCCAUUCGCCUCGCUCAGGGAACCCCUUUCGUUCUCCCCGGGGCCCCUUCUCCCAAAAGAAAAGCUGAUCGACGAAGAGGUCUAUGCAGGCUACAAUUCCAAGAGCUACUAUCCAGCAAAGGCCGGAGAGGUUCUCGACAAUCGCUAUCAACUCGUCGUCAAAGUUGGCUGGGGCGUCUCCUCGACCGUAUGGUUCGCUCUUGACAUGCGAGGAUGCGAAGAUGACCCGAGGCAGAUCGUCGCAUUGAAGAUAGGCAACACCAAAGAGGGCAAGAAUGAGUAUGAGAUCGAGGAGCACAUCGCACAGGCAGACCCAUCCGCCCGAGGCCUCGGUCUUCUCCGGACUUCGUCAGAGCGCUUCGAAAUAACCGGCCCAGAGGGCACACACAUAUGUCUUGCAUACGAGCCCAUGAGGGAGCCAUUCUGGCUCUUCCGCAGGCGCUUCGUAGGCGACAAGAUUCCCCUCCCCGUCAUAAAAGCAUACGUGCGUCUUCUGCUCGAGGGCCUGGAUUACCUGCAUACCAAAUGCAUGGUUGCCCAUACUGACCUGAAGUUGGAGAAUAUUAUGGUCGACUUCGAAGACCCAGACGUGCUUUUGGACUUCAUGAGUACCCACCUGAACCAGCCCAUGUCGUACAAAAUCGACUCCACGGGCCGAUCGGUCUAUCGCCGCUGCAAUGACUUCGGACCCCUGCGGGCAGUAAGCAACGCACCCCGGAUCGUGGAUUUCGGGCAGUCCGAUAGAUUCUACCAAGAGAACGAGCUGGGGAUUUAUCCCAUUCAAGCGAACCACUAUCGUGCACCGGAGGUUAUCCUUGGCUGCGGGUGGAGGAUGCCCGUUGAUAUCUGGAGCUUGGGGGCUCUCCUCUGGGAUAUAAUCCACGGCGACGAACUAUUCCGCCAAGUCCACGAUUCCGAGUGUCGGUAUACCGCCAACGCGCAUCUCGCAGAAAUGAUAGCCUUGCUGGGCCCCCCUCCUCCCAAGAUGAUCACUCGAUACCACUCAAUGCGGGAGCUCAAGUGGCCCAAAGCUGCAACGUUCAAUGGCCAGGGUCCACUUUGUCAGACUACAGAGGAGUGUUUCGGGGGCCCGUUCUUUGACGAAGAUGGCAAGUUUUUGUAUGAGGAGCUGAUCCCGGAUCGAAAGCUCGAAGACACGAUAACUUUCCUGGAGGAGGAGGAGCGAGAGGGCUUCUUGUCGUUUGUCGGGAAGAUGCUGGUUUGGCAUCCGAGUGAUAGAGCCACGGCGGCAGAGUUGAUGGAGCAUCCGUUUCUUGACGUGAAAUAGUGUAUGUAUAUGGCUGGGUGGUGAUGCACGGUCUAGGGUCUGCAUGGCUGGCGUGGACUGUGCUUGUAUUAUAGUGAACCUACAUAUCUC